AUAUUUAUUUCUAGUUAUUGUUUUAGUGUAAUUAUUGAAAUUGACUAUUAACUGGAUUUAUAAUUUAAAAUAUUAAUGUAAUCUAUACUCUUUUCAUAUCAGUUACGUAAUCGGAUACAUUCACUACCAAGUUAUUCUUUUAAAAUAAUUAACUAAAUCAACAAAGAAUUUUAAUGAACAAUAUUGAUAUGACCUGGCCUACAACAACAGUUACUGUAUCUAAUGAAAAAGCAGUAUUUGGUCAACGUAAUAGUAUAACGGAGAAAUCGUCUAGUGAUAAUAUACAGAAAUCAGUCUAUUCAUCUAUUCAAAAUGAUAUUAAAAACUUAAACUUAAAUUAUUUGAAUGAAGAUGAACGUCAAAAAGUUUUAUGCGUAGUCAAGAAAGACUUCGAAGUACGGGCUAAAGAACGAGAAAGAUUGAACCGAUUUCGUUCGAGUAUUUUAAGACGAGAUAGAGAAUUGGCUGCUAAACAUUUGACUUCACUUACGGAAAGUACAUCAUGUUUAUUAUGUGGACGUCCAUUUAUACUUUUAAUUAAUCCUAAACGUAUAUGUUACAAUUGUAAACGUGAAAUAUGUCGAAAUUGUUCAGAAUCUAUAAAUCAAUACAAUGAAUUCUUUUGUAGAAUGUGUUUAAAAGAAAAAAACUAUCGUGCAAUGACAUGUAAUUGGUUUUACGAAACAGUAAUUCAACGAUUCAGAGAAUUCGGAAGUACAGCUGUUGCUAAAAGUUUAUUUGGAUCAAGAUACAAACAAGUUCAAAAUAUGGCUGAAGAAGAACUUUGGAAUCUUUUAUUUCGAACAUCAUCGUCUAAAAAAAACUCCAUCGAAUCUAAAGAAUCAGAAACGUUUUAUUCAGCAGAUCAAGCUAGAGAAGCACAAAUUAAAAAAUUAAGAAAUCGAUUAGAAAAAUUAAUGGAAGAAACUUUAACUGAAUUGAAUGCAGUUGAAAAAAAUGAUUCAUUAUCACCAAGACAAAUUACUUGGCAACACGAAAGUUUGAGCAUGAAGUUUAAAAAGAAUGCCUGCCGUGAAAUGAGAAAUUUUAUUCAAAUUCUCUACAUAACAACUGAAAAGGAACGAAUGAGUCAAGGUAUGAACACUAAGAACAUUACUCCAUAUGUAAUGGAUACUUUAGAGUGUGAAAUUGGUCGAAUGGUUGGAUAUAGUGUAAAAGGUAUUACAGAUACAAACAGUUUGGCUGUUGAAGAUGAUAAAGAAUCUGUUACAAUGGUUGAUCGUGAUGGUGUAGAAGGACAGUUGGCUGAAGUUCUUUAUAAUAAACUCUAUUCGGACCUUAAUUCUACGAAACAAGAAACUGUUAAAAAGUUAUCAUUUCAAGCAUCUAGUCCAGCAUCAACUGAUACAAAUUUAAAUAAAUCAUCAUUCAAUUUCAUAACUGAAUCAGAUCAUAAUAAUAAUAAACAUGAACUCAGUGUUAUAGAAGGAUAUCCAAUCAGAAUGGAAUAUUCUUUACCAUAUAAUGAACAAUGCGAAUUUCAAUGGUAUAAAUUAAACAAUAAAAAUCAACGAGUCCCGGUCAAAUUUGAUUUUCGUAUUGAACAUGUCAUCACUGGUACAAUUAACAUGUCAUUUAAACAACAUCAACAAUUGAAUCAUCAGUAUCCGAAACAUCCAUUUGUUUUGUCAAAUUCAGGUUUUAUUACAAAUGAAACAAAACAAAAAUUGAAUCAAUGGAAUUGUAAAUUAUUAGAAUCUAAAUCAAACAGUAAUUUUAAUACUACUAAUAAUAAUAAUGGUAAUGUAGUUAUUUACCUACAACAUCAUCUCAUCAUAUGGGCAUGUAAACUUGAUGAUGCUGGAAGGUAUUUUGCAUCAAAUCAAUAUCCAUUGAAUUCAAAUGAUAUAUCAUCAACCAAAGAGAAGGAAUUUAUACUACAAGUAAUAAAAUCCAACCAAUCACCAGGUAGUCUACAAUGUUCACCAGAAUUUAUUGAACCUCUUAUUGUACAGCCUAUGAGCAGUACUAACAGUGAUCCUUUCAUUGAAAUGACGUGUAUAGUGACAGGCAAUCCUAUACCAAGAUGUUUAUUAUACAGAAAUUCAGUACCUAUUCCAGUGGUUGUAAUGCCUUUUCUCAAUAUCCAAUGUAAUGAUCCACUAUCUACAUUGAGUUCUUUAACGCAAAAAUACAUUGUAACAACAUCUCUGCUUGAUUUAAACAAAUCAAAUCGAUCAAACAGUUGUACUAGAAAAAUUACACUACGUCUUAAUCGGCCAUCUAGUUCAGAAGAUAUAGCUACCUAUAGUUGCCGUGCAUGGAACUGUUAUGGUCGAACUAUUACAUCAACUGUUUUAUCGGUGCAAGAUCAUUUCACUAAAUUCGACUGUCCCUUGGAAAAACCGAAUUUGAAUGACAAUAACAAUAUAGUAAAAAUUGAUCAAAUUCAAUCAACAGUAAAUACUUCUCAAAGUGCUCAUAAUGUAAGCUUGUACUUUAUACUAAAUACAUCAUCUUUUCAUGUUGUCACAUUCAUUAUUACCUCAGUAUUGUUAUCAAUUUUAUGAUCAAAAUUUAUCAUUUGUUACAGUUUAAUAAUAGUAGUAUAAAUCAAUUGUUCACUGGUCAUAUUAUGGACGAAAAUUUUCAGAAGUGUUAUCACAGACAACAAACUUAGGCGAUUAUAUCAGAAACUCUUUGCACGACGUUUAAAAACUAAAUUGAAGGAUUUUCUUAUAACCUUGUGACCAGUUUACUGUUGUAUUCUGCAGCCGAAUUCCGUCAUCAUGCCAUUUCCUAGCGAUUUACUAACUUAGUACAUAGGAAAAAAUGAAUAAACCAGAAUGAACUUUUUGCCAAAAGCCUAAUUGUUAUAUUUACAACUCAUUUGUAUAAACAUACUACUGGACCAACUCAAAUAUAAAGAUUUGAGUGAUGAUUCUACCUUGAUGAAGAAAUCGCCUAAAAUGGUAAGGUGUAACCUAUUGCUUAUGUACCACGUAACCCUGGAUUUAAAUUUGAUCUAUUCGGAACUCCCCAGCAUAACACUAAUUUUGCAGUCGGAAUAAAUUAAUUGUAAUAUAUCAUUCUAUUGUACUGAGCUUUAAGAGUUGGAACCCUUGGUGAGUUAUGUAUUCUUUUAAAGUCAUAGAUAUGAGUGACUGUUCAUUUUCAAUAAGCAUAAAUAUAGGAAAAAAUCAGCAAAUAUAAGUAAUUCUCUACCUAUUACUAAGGUAAUGUUUUGAUUAUAUUCCCAGUAGUAAAAAGUAAUACAACUCAAUUUGGAAUAAGUCAGUUAAAUCCACAUAAAUUGACUUUAGUAUUAUCAUCUAGACCAUAAAAUUGUACCCAUAAUUUAUUAGUAACAAAUAUUAUCUAACAAGCUAUCAUACACUAUGGGACUGAUCAUUAUGGAAACCGAUAACGCCAGAUAUAUUUGCCAUGUACCACGUUGUUUGAAUGACUGUCUGCCGUUAAAUUUUAAAUAUGAUCAAAUCUAACAAUCUUUCGACGGAUAUAUUGAUACUGCUUAUGUUUCGUAGUGGCUAAAGUAAAAGAAUUCUCUAGAUGGACAAUAUAUGGGAUCUCAUUUAAUUUAAGUCUAACCAACUUACAACAAGAAUAAAUUUCAAUGACACUUAUACUGGACCAUGCUGUAUAAAUUAUGCAUAAUGGCAGCAAAUACUGUGUCCUUCGUGAUAUGUACGGUAGUAUGAGUGUAUACAAAAUAGAAACGUGUAUAACCUGUAGUCCUAUAAUCAGUCAACAUUAGUAUUGUUUAAGUUGGUAUUGUGGCUAACAGCGAGUUCCAAGACAGGAGUUCUGUACUUUUUGGGACUCGCCAGCUGUAUGUUCCUUCAUCAGCACUUUAAUCAUCACACUGAAACUCAAACCCAACACCUGUCACCGCAAAAGCCAACGAUUUUUUCACCAAACCACCGGGUUCAAACAAGUGAUAGCUUUUCGUAGAGGGUACAAUACUAAUUCGUGAGGGCUUUUUAUGCACCUCUGUUAAUAUAUAUGACUGCAUUUAACCAGUGUUUACCAGAAUAUGUGCACCCUCAGCGGAUACAUGAACAAUAAAGCUGCUAACAAAAAAGAUAAUAUCGAGGCGUCUGCUCAAGAUUCACUUGUCAAUAAAGUAUAAUCAAGAUUCAGUACUAAAUAUCAACAACUGAAUAGCGCUUACAAAUAUUGCUUUAGUUUUUUCUAACUGGUGGAUCCAUAAAAACAGACGAUUGCAUAUCUAUCUUUGGAAAUAUACCGCCAACAAAUUUUCGCCUUCAAAGAAAUGAAAACAAUAUUUAACUAUUUAAAAGACCAAAUGAAGCCUUAAGGAAACUGAGUGUUUACAUUUAUGGUACAUCACACAGACUCCUAUCUCAAAGAAAUUAAGUGCUAGAGUCUAAAUGUUUUGUUCAUCCAGCUUAAACUGAAAAUCACAAAUAUGGUGUGGUGAUAGUAAUAUAUCAAAUACUGUGUCAUCUCUAAGUAAGAGGUAAACAUAAAAUCUUUAUUCAACAAAGAUCCUAUAUGUUUAUCCAGCGAAUUUAAGUAAUAGGAGUUAUAUCGGUUUUUGAAAAAUAAAUAUCCUUGUUUAAACUUAAAAGGUAAUAGCAUGAUUUUUUGUGUAUCGCAAAUACAAAAUCCUAUAAAUGCGCCACCAGACACGAGAAAUAUCAUACUUAAUACCUUCUAAUAUAACCCACUGGUCAAAUGAAAUAAUGAUACAUGCCAUUAAUUAACCUAAAGUCUAAAGACAAACAAACAACUAAUUACAUAUCUAUAAAAUCCAUUAGAAGAUUAUGAACCAUCGAUUAAGUUGCACAAGAAAACUCUGAAUCAAAUAGUGGAAUAUAUCUGUAAGACAGAAUUCAAAUCCUCAAUUAUUAAGGCGUCGAUGACAUGUCAAAAUUACAGUCAAUGAAAAAGUACCUGUUCCAAUUGGAGGACACCACAGAGCUGUGUCCGAUAGAUACUAAGUAUCAAACAAAAAAAAUAAAUUGAUCAAUAUGAUUUCAAAAUAAACAGGCUAUCAGAAAGAACAAUCGCUUGAUAAACAGCACAGGUAAUAACAGUGAAAAGGAAAUAUUAAUGCACAUAAGAAGUGCAAAAGAGAUUUCAAAACACUUUGAAAGUAGGAAAAACCCACCAAUUAGCAGCUUUCCUUGAUUCUGAAUAAUUUUACUAAGAAAAAUUCUGGUCUAUAAAAAUUUUUAGAUAAAAAAGCCAUUUGAAUAUGUGACAUUGAUCAUGCAACAUUGAACUACAUUGUGAAAUGUUUCUUUGGUUGAUAUAUUCUUUUUAAGUCUGCUUAUUUGAAAAUGCAGUCUAACAUACGGGAUUAUUGAAUGCUCUUUAUGUACAUAGAAAUACUUGUUGAAAUGAUUAUUGUAGGAGAAGCUUCACGUUUUUCUCGUGCAUUUUGGUACUUAAUAUCUAUUCAAUGAAGUUAUCGAUAGUCUUCAAAUUUUAUUAAGCUAUAUAAUGAUCAACUUUGUUUUUUCCAGAAUGAUGAUGCUCUGGUCAAAAAA